AUGGUUUGCGCACCUGUUUCCUGCCUCUCAACUGUCUUCGUUUCUGCCUCCUCCUUCAGAGGAGAAGUAACAUUCAAGGAUUCUCAGGGCCAGACAACUCCUUUGCAGCGACUUCAGAAUGUUGACAAGGUUUUGGAGGUUGCAGGAGGAGUCAUGGAUGAACUUGCAAGCCCUAUAAGUCCUAGGAAAGACAUGGUCCAAAACCAAUGUCUUGAAUUCCUGCAAUUAAUCAAGCUUAUGAAAAUUCAACUGCCUCUGGUCUUUGCAUUCUGCAAAUUCCUUAUUCAAAUUGAUAUAGAGUGAGAAGCAUAAAAGCAACAAUGAGAUUUGCUACAAGAAAGCGGAACUUAUCAUGCAGCAGUCUGAAAUGAUGUAUAUUUAGAAGCCUGUGUCGAGUUGAGCAGAAAGUGUCGGUGAGAACUGAGAAGCUCCGUUUCAAUGGCCAAAGACUUUCCGGAUUUAGGAAGAAGAAUGUAAGAACAAAGGUGAGUUUCUUUAUACCUUUUUCUUUACGUAUGUCAAAGAACAUUAAGAAUAUCUUACAAAUCCGUAUCACCUUUGUAAUUUAAUUAACUAGGUUCACAUUACUACUCAGUGGAUUUGAGCUCAUAUUAGUAGUACUAGUAUGAAUAAGGUUACAGCUAGUUUGUUGCACCCAUUAUCUAUCAAUAGAUAGUAAGUAAAAUACACAUUAUUUGUUAAGAACAAAUGGUGAGACUUCUUAAGAACCAAUGUUAUAUAUUGACAAUACAAUUUAUUAGGAAAAUUGAAGAAUAAACUACAUGAUAAUCAAGUUGGACGUGAAUCUCUGGAAACAUCUGUUGCCAACUAGGUGUGUCGAUGCUAUUAUACUUUUAGACUUGCCAUUUUUUUUCCGGUCGAAAUGUCACAUGAAUCAACCAAUUACAAUCUUGACCAUGCUGCAUGCACUUAUUAUGCAUGCACUUAUUAUGGACUUAUGGUACUUGACAUGAUUAGAUUCUAAUACCUUGUACUCUACAAAUUUGUCGAUGUUGUAGUUUGAAAAAAUGACUAGAAUAUAUAUAUAUAUAUUUUAUAAUAUUAAGGGUUCUAUCUACUACUUAUCAUCAGCCAAGUUUUGAAUUCGGGUCCAUUC